UUUUUUUUUUUUUUUUUUUUUUUUUUUUUUUUUUUUUAGGUUCAAUCCAACUUCCCGGAAAGAGACCAAAAUCCCUCCGGCAAGAAAUGGAAGAUCAAACAAACGGCAACGAAAUCAAAGCCAUACCCCCAAAAGAAAGAGUAAUCAUUACUGUUUAUGUUGAAUCUCCAAGAAAACAGAGCAAUAAGUCCCAUCAAAACCCCAUUUCCAUUAACAAAAACUCUCAUCCAAAUGCUCAUCCCAAGGCCCCUAAAUCCAGAGGCUACGAUCGUCGGGCUGAGCUUCUUGCGUAUUCUCGUGAGCUCAGAAAUGUGGAUUCUGGUACGACCCACUUGCCCAAAACUAAAUCCAAAUGGAGGGUGAAAUCGGAGACGGCGGCGGUACGGCGAAUUCCGUCGAAACGGGGGUUGCGGCAGGGGAGAUAUGAACGGGUUGGGAUGACGAGGGAAGAGAGAACAGAGGUGGUGGAACAGAGAUGCUUGCCCAAGUGCUUCAAUGGAGAUGACAAGAGAAGCAGUGGCCGAUUGGGAUCUUCCAUAUUAAGGAAAUUGAAGAGUUUGAUGGGAGGGUUAUCAAAGGGCUGCAAACGCGGUGGUUGGUGAUGGUUAAGGACAGAAAUGGUGGAAUCAGAUCCGCCAUUUGUGUUGAGUUCGUGGGUAUCCAUUGGGCUCUGAAUUAGCAGCGAAAUUAAGUCAUCUCUGUCUUUAUCAACUCUCUUUUAGUGCUUAUGUUGCCUUUGUUUGUUUUUUGUUUUUUUUUUUUCUUUCGUCUCUCUCUGGGGAGUUGUUCAUAUGCAGAUGUCAUGGUGUUUGUCCAAGGAUUUCACUGUAAUCAAGCAUAAGUCGGCAAUAAUGUGAAUUUUAAGAUACUCCA